AUGUCGGCUGGACACCUGGAGAGACGGAGGUCCAUGUCGUCCGGUUCUCGUUCCGUCUCCGCCGCCUUGAUGCCGAGUCCUCCCCUCGAUAUCAACAAUGACCUCGAGCCCUGUGCCGCCACCGCCUCCUCGUUCCUUUUCGCACAAGGCUCGACAAUAUUGUCCCUACACCAUGACACUUUGGCUCUGGACCGGAAAUUCGAAGCCCACAGCGAUAAUAUCCUUUUCAUCGCCGUUGACAACGUCAGUGAAACCGGUGCCGGUCGGUUGGUUGUGAGUUAUGAUGCCAGCCAAACCGCAAUCAUAUGGGAUCUUUUCACCGGUCAAGAAAUUGCCCGAUUUGCUUCUUUUGAAAUGCUUCGCGUUGCUGCUUGGAUGCGCAAUGGCAAUAUUGCGCUUGGUGGUGAAAAAGGAACAAUCAUUCUUUUCGAACCCUCAACUUCAGAGCAUAUAUCUGCCAGAACCAUCUUCGACCCUGUCACCGCACUCGCCCCCGCGGCUGACUGUCGCUCGCACGCUAUCGGGUAUCGAAACGGGUCAAUAUUGAUUGCGACCCUCCAGCCAUUCACCAUCUUGCACACGCUUACCACCUCGAGAGGCCCAUCACCCAUCGUCUCGUUAGCAUGGCAUGCAUCCUCCACAAAGCAGAAAUCGGACAUGUUGGCCACUUUGACGGUCGAUGGUGAUUUGCUCGUUUGGAGCGUUUCCAAACACCCGACGCAGGAUUCAGCCCGUGUGAUACGAACUCUGAGGAAAUCUGAAUCUGUUGCUACGAGCCCAAAGUGGCUGGCUUGGUCUAAGAAUGGACGUAUAGUUCAAUAUUCGGACAGUGAGACUUGGGCUUGGGAUGUCAGGACGAAGCAUGUCACUUACGAGCGUAUUCCCACCGUGCAGGGCGUCAGGGGCAUAGCGAACUAUGGCCCGACAGCGACACUGUUUACUCUAGGCCCAAACCACACCGUACAGCAAUACGAGCUUAUCAACCCUACGAUGGUUGCCGAUGUGCAACAUUUACCCUCAGCUCAGGCAUCGACACCCGCAGAAGGCUUGAAUGCUUCGAUGCCCCUUCAAGCGGCUCUAGCCUCCUCCACCGCAAACCAGGCACAUCGUACGAUUGAAGAAUUAAAACAGGGCAGUCCUCCGAUAUUCCCCGUCCCAAGUUUUGAAAUGUCAGAAGCAGCCCGUGUAGGUCGUGGUUCAUUGCAGAGUCCAGACUCGCUCCGCAGUCGACAUCAUCAUUCUCGCCCUUCAAGAAGCCUUUACAGUGGGACAGGAACAACUUUCUCAACGAGCUCGCCGGUGCAGUCAACCGCCGAAAGUAUGUACUCACUAAGGUACGGCUCUUCAGCCUCAGUGACCUCUGGCGGAUCUCUGCGCACGGCUUCCCGACUGCGUCAUGAGUAUGUCCCUAGCAAGUCGGAAGAGCCCCUGGUAGAGCUGUUUCCAUAUACUCGAAGCCGCUUGAAUGACGUGCCCUUUAAGCCUCCACAGCGACUCAAUGAAACAGAUCUUGACCCGGAUGCAUUACGGAAACAGAUGCUAAAUGUCGUAUUCGGAUGGGAAGGUGAUAUUAUAGACUUGUUGACCGAUGAAAUACGGCGCCACAGCCCAGGGAGUGAACAUGCUGUGAUUCUAGCGCGAUGGCUUGGAUGUAUUGAUCAGAAUGUUCUACUCGGAAUGGCUUCCUCUGUAACAUCGCGCUACACUGGCUGGAUGCUGCUUGCUCUGAGCACGUUGAACGGUCAAGCAGAGACGAAAACGAUGGGGCAUGCAUUCGUCCAGAAACUGCUGGCAAGAGGAGAUAUCCACGCCGCAGUUGCCCUGCUGAUUGGUAUGGGGGACGGCAACGAUGGCAUUGAGAUUUACGUGUCAAGGAAUAUGUACAUGGAGGCGAUUCUCUUGACUUGUCUUGUGAUGCCCAUGGAUUGGUCCAGGCAGUCAUACCUUGUCCGCAGAUGGGGUGAAUUCGUUGUCCAAAACUCCCAGCAGCACCUCGCCAUACGGUGCUUCUCCUGCGCUGAUCUCAAUAACAGCGAUGCGUGGGCUUCUCCAUCGGUACAAAUGACGAAUAUACUCUCCAAUCAGCUCGCCAACAAGUCCGCAGCCUCAUCGCCAUCGGUGAUUGUGCAGCCUCCACAGGCCAGCAGUCUGUCACCCAGCUCGGCUCGUCCCACCGCCAAAAACCAGGCACUGAAACUGAUCACAUCUUUUGGCCCUGAAGCUCCAGCCUUCAAGUUCCCGGGUCUUCAAUCGGCCGAUCGCACCCCGACCAAUAUGCCGGGCGUCACACCUAUUGAUUCAGCAAUGGGAGAUUCCGUCAUGUCGCCGGGAGGCUUCAGUUCCUAUAAACAAAAAACUGCGAGACAGACUCUUUCCGCGCGGGCAAUCACUCCAGGUGGCCAUAGUCAUCGUCUUCCAUCGAUCGGAGAGACACCCACCGACGUCAACCCGCCAAAUCUAGCUAUACCAAAGUCCCUGCCUACUCCUGACAAUUCCGGCUCUGAGAAGGAGAAAGAAAAGGGAAAGGAGACGGAGGAGACGAAAGCCGGCACUACUCAGUAUCAGCCUGUUCAGCAGGAGCAACUUGUGUAUUUGACGUCGGCAAGAUACACACCCCAGAACGAACCUGCGGAAUCCGAGCAGGCUUCGAAUGUUCCACACGGGGAUGGUAGUACCACUGCGCUACCGAUUUCCAGGCCAGAUAAUCUAUCCGCGGAUUUUUCGGUAUCUACUCGAAAUGGCUCAAGAGACCGAAAGCCCGAAGGAUUACACAUUAAAUGGCCGCCGGCCUAUUCACCCCAUGAUGUUACGCCCAGUUCCGGAGGGUCUCUCCCUUCUCUCACAUCUCUACAGCGACGGGACGCGGGCGGUGUCUCUGGAGCCAGUCCCACAUGGACCAGUGACAGCGCAAAGUCUCUGAACGCAGGAAGUAGUAGCACCAGAAACGUCAACAAUUUCAUUAACACCCUGGACUCAUCUUCCUACUAUUCACACACUCAGGGCCUUGCGGCUGAUUACGGCCAUAAAGGUCAUAAAAAGUCCAAAGAAUCCCGUGGGCGGAGUAAACAGCGAUAUAUCCAACCGGCGAAGCGGUCCCCCUCGUCGCCCGUGCCGAUGUCCCCAGAGGACCUAGCACUGUACGCAUCAACUGGAAAUAGCACCUCUUCCAAAACCAAGGAAUCCAAGAGGCACCGCAGUCGCAGUGAAAAUUCUCGGCCGCGGUCAUCUAGAGCUCGAGGCCAGCAGUCAAGAGACGCUCUCGAUCGAAGUCAAACCAGAACCACCCAAGGUAGAAGUCGACCGCGGGAGGGCAGUUUCGGGAUAAGGUCGCCAUCGUCGCCAGUUCCCAUGUCGCCAUCCGAAAAGGACUCGACCGCCGAGGCCCAUUUGCGCCUCGUCACUGCGGACCGGCAACAGCGGCUUCAAUCCCGGGAGAGGGCGUCGAGCCGACAACCAGAGCGCGACCAAAGCGCUCGUCGCGGAGGGUCUCCGGAUAGAGGCAGAGUUGGAAGUAGAUCUCGAAGUCGACCGGCGAGAGAACCGGCGGCAAACCCUCUGCCCACGCUCAGUAACCAGAGAUUCAAUAUGCCCGGACACACCGAAGAUGGGACUCCAAUCUUUGCCGAAACCAUCGAGUGGGCGGGCCCUUCCAACGACGCACAAAAGAUGAAGGAGGCGGAACGUAUCAGAAAGGAACAGGCGGCGGCGGAACUUGAGGCUCGACGACUAUCUUUGGUCCGUCGCCCAUCAGCACCCGCCGUGCCAUUGCCCGGUGAACUGGGGACGCCUAACAGCGUGGUGUCUGCGAGAUCCCGCAGGCAGAGUGGAGGUAGCCCUCCGUUGACCAAUGGCUCUUUCAGCCAAAGAGCGGGAGUCAGGCAGGGAGGAUCUCCUGCAACAUCAACGUAUUCCGAUACCUCAACCGGCCGAGGCGCUGCUCCCGUUCCUGUUGGCCUCCCGGCAACACCCCGUGCAAUGAAGCAUCCUAAAUACAGCGUUGGCUAUAACGAUAUCCCUCCGAUGCCCGACCUUAAUUUUGAUAGCAUCAGCCCCAUCGGUAAUGGUGAGCAUGGUCGUUCACUCAGCAUCUCGCGCUCAAUGUCGGCACCGAUUCCAGAGGACGUUGGCGAUCAACCCGCCGAAGGCAUCCCUGCACAUCCACAUUUUCGGCCCCGACUUCCCAGUAGCAGAGGCGCGAGGAUCUCUAUGCACAGAAAGGAGGCCUCGCAUGAUGCUGCAACGUUGAACGGCUCACAGUACGGUAGCGUCUCCGGCCAGGCUAGCAGAAAACCAAGCGAGGCGCCUAUCCCGCCAGUUCUCCCGGAGCUACAGCAUCUCUCCGACCCCCCGCCACCGCCUCCGCCGCCGGCACCAUCCAACAACGGCAUAGAGACGAGCAGCGAAGGUCUGAUGCACGCUGAAGAGCGCAGCUCCUUGAUUUCCGGCGUCGGCACGAUCAACAUCGCCAUCGGUGAACCAACUGUCCUCAACACCAGCGAACAGCGAUCCCAAUCCACUCUCCCGUCGCCAGAAUUCAUGCCACCGCUGCCACACCGGUCGGCCAGCGCGCAAGGGCCGAUGCCUGAAACCCACACACACCGCCGUGGACGCAGCAUCAAUGACAAUCUUGCCAACAAGUUCCGCAGCUUGACGGGACGGAUGCGGAGCACCAGUCGGGGACGCAACGUGCGCACGCCGCCAUCGGGGGAUCCGGAUGCGUCGAUGCCGUACGAGAGUGUGCCGAUGGCGAGUGUUAUUGAAGGUGGACUGGAUAGGAUGAACAAAAAUGAAUUUUGA